CUGAUGACGUCAAUGUCAAAACAAAUACGUCAAUGUUCUUAAACCACCUGAAUAUUAUAUUUAAUUUUCUAUUAUUAGAGAAUUCUUUGUAUAUUUAUAGCAAACAAUAAAAUGGCCAUACUUCACAGAGCCCUGUUUACGUGGUUUAUAUUUUUAGUGUUCUUAAUACUACUGUGUCUGAGAUUAGAGUCGAGAACACACUGGAAUUGGUUCAUAGUAUUUAUACCAAUGUGGGUCUAUGAUAGCAUUCUUCUUAUAUACGUUUUGUUUCAUAUGGUAUCGCACUGCCGGAAUGGUAUUGAAAGAUUUAGAGGAACAAUCAAUAAACAUGUGUGGUACAUAGCAGCAAUUGGACUGAAAAUGGCAGCUCAAAUCAUAAUUUGCAUCAAACUGGAAUAUACAAAAGGAAGUCUUCCAAUUUAUGUUGUCAUGACUCCAAUUUGGAUGCUGUUGCCUGUAUUGAGUGUAGAAGUCUUCAUGCAUUUAAUAAAACAUUCUAGUGGAAGUAGUAGAUACUAACAUUACCUACUGUGUUUUCUAAAUAAACUAGAACAAUUACCAAAUAAGUUUAAAAUUCGUUUGAAGGACAGAAUCUGUGACUCAGAAGUGAAUAAACUCAAUAUGCUACCUUCAAGAAAGUCAUGAACAUGUGACUGUAUUGUAGAUAAUUUUAAACUUGGCACUCAUUCAGUGUCACCAUAGAAUGUUUACACAUGUCAAAUAUAUACUCAGUGCGCCAAGAGCGUUGAUGAUAUAACAGACCCGAGAAGUGUUUAAUAAGGAAUUUCAUAAUGGCUAUAACUGAAUCCCCUGUGCUAAAGAGUUCUAUAGUGAAAGAGGUCCCAGCUGGAGGCACAGCUGUGCUGACGUGCAACAG